AUGGAGUUCCGCGGGAACCCGUCGGAUGGAGGAGCGAGGCGAACCACUUUGCCGGCGCAGGCGCGCAUGCUGGUCGUCGGCGCGGGCGCGGCCGUCGGCGGGCUGAUCGCCGUCGCGGCGGCCGAAAUCGGCGGGCUGGCCAGCAAGACGCUGGCGGAGGUGGGCGCCGUUGGAGCCGCCCUGGGCACCCUCGUUGCCUUGCAGCUGCCGGCUUCCGCGUCGUGCUGCGGGGUGGCGCAGGAGCCCAGCGCAGCACGGCAGCUACCGCGGCCGCUGCUGGACACAGGGGUCCCCGGCGCCAUCCCCUCCGCCGCCGCGCGGGCGCAGCGCAGCUCGCCGAGGACGGGCCAACGACGGGCCGCCGUCCCGCGCGGGCCCGAUCCGGCUUCCCGCCAGGGGCUGUGGCUGCCGCGGUGGAUGAGGGGGCGAGGUGCCGCGGAGGAGGCCCCGACGACGGCCGCGCGGCACCGCGCGGCCGACGCCGUCCUGGCGGCCCCGGGGCGCGCCGACGGCGCCGCGCUGGAGGAGGCCGCCCUGCAGGCCCGCGGGGCUCGGCGCGGCCCCCCGCGGCACCCCACGCCGGAGCGGUGGGCGCCGCCCGGCCCGGCGGUGGCCGGGACAAUAAACGCCCUGCCGACCCACCGCGUCACGGCGCGCGAGGCCACGUGCUCCGCCCCGGAGCACCGCUCGUGCACGAUAUGCCUGGAGGAAUUCAGCGCCGGCGACACGCAGCGGAUGUUGCCGUGCUUCCACCGCUUCCACCAGCACUGCGUCGACAGGUGGCUGCACGUAAGUGGGUGCUGCCCGAACUGCAAGACGCGAAUUGCCCGCGUGCACGGCGUUCCCGACGAGGUGUGA